AUGUAAAAGAACAAGAUUUUCAUAAAAGGAAUAAAGUAAUUUGAUUUAUUCGCCCAACCUUUGCAAUUACUCAUUGAUAAAAAAGAGUAUCACUAAACAUUAUUUGGGUCAAUUCUAACAGUCUUGUUGUUGGCCUUAUUCUCAAACUUACUUUAUUAAAAGAUAGUUACAUUAUUUGAUAGGAGCAAUCCAACAUCAUUAAGUUCAGAAAUUUAUCAUUCUCAACCUGAAUAAUAUAGUUUGAUGCCUUCGAACUUCACUAUGACCUUUUCCUUUUAAAACUCGACCUACAAAACCUACAUUGAUGAAUCAAUUUAUGUUGUUAAUGCUUACAUGGUCAAAAAGAAUGUAAAACUCUAAAAUGGACAAAAAGCAGAUGUCUAUGAAAAGUAAGAGUUACCUUUAGUCAAUUGCAAUGAGGAUUUGAUUAAAUAAAAGGAACUAAAGGAAUACUUUUCCCAUAUUGAUUUACCAACUAAUUAUUGUAUUGACUGGAAUUAAAUUCCUAGUAUAUAAAUAUAAGGAACUUUUGAUGCCCCAAAAUUUGAAUACAUACUUAUCUAAUUUAAUACUUGUACUGAAUAAAAUAAAAAAAGUUAACCUUGUAAAUCUUAGAAGGAAAUCGAGCAAGUCUUAACGUAGAAUUAUUUUUCUUUUCAAAUUUCUUCUCAGACUACAAAUUUAAAAAAUCCAAAUUCUCCUUAUUAACCAAAAGGACAAGAUGUCUUUACAACAAUUUCAAAUAAUAUCUAUAAGGAAAUUUCAAUUUAUUUAGAACCUUUGACUACAAUCACAGAUGUAGGAUUAAUUUAAACAAAUUUAGAAUAUGAAAAGACUUUGAGGUAUGGUAGACAUACUGAAAUGUUGGAUUUGAGUUAAAGUGACUUGAUAAUGAAUGUAGCAAUUAGACUUGAUACAACAGAAUAUGUUGACUAUAGGACAUAUCCAAAGAUAUAGGAAAUUUUAGCUGAGCUUGGUGGCUUAUGGUAAGUAUUGUUCAGUCUCUUUUAUAUUAUUUCUAAACCUAUAAAUAAAAUUAGCCUUCUUCUGGAACUUAUCAACUCUUUAUAUGAAUUUAAGGACAAAUAGCACUAUGAAGAUAAUAGUUAAUAGAAGGACUCUUCUUCUAUAAUCAGAAAUGAUAAACCAGGUUCUCCUUUACAGAGGCAGUUAGAAUAACAAUAAGUGUAAAAUUGCCAAGAUUAAAUUGUAACUAACAAGACGUUAUCGAUUAAGGAGAAUAUAUGUAAUAAACAAAUCCAAAAGGAUAGAUCAUACAAAACUAUUCUUUAAACAUAUGUUCAAUAUCUACUAAGAGCAGUAUUUCGUAAAAAUAAAAAAAUGAAAUUUGGGUACAUAAAUGCAUUCUAAGCUUUAAGAUGCAUAGUGACUAAAGAUGAUGAUAACAUACUUCAAUUCAGGUCGGCUCAUAAAGAAAUCGACAGCUAAUUAAAUAUAUUCAAUAUCUUAAAAAGACUGUAGGAUGUUGAAAAGUUAAAGCAUAUUAUUUUUAAUGAAAAUUAACGAAUCCUAUUCGAAAAGUUUAAUAAUAUCCCACAGAAAGAUAAAUUAGAGGAAUAAAGGUUAUAUUGUGAUCAACAGAUAAAAUAAUAGGGAGUUACUUAAGAUGCAAUCUUGCAAAUAUUGUCAGAUCAAAAUAACUAAAUUAACUAAAAGCUUAUAGCAUCCUUAGAUGUAACAGUAAGUAAUUUAUUGUAAAAGUGUAAACAAGAUAACAACGAUAAUCUGGAAAAAAAUUGA